GUGAGUUAGUUCAGUCAUGCGAGAUCCUCCUCCACCGGCAAGUACAACUGCUUGAAAUUCUUUGUAAAGAAACAUUUUUUCUUAAUUACUGCAACAAAUAACAGUUACAAUAAAAAUUAAAAAGACUGUAAUGGAUCUUUUUUAAAUAAAAAUGGAAUGACAGAAGAAUGAAAAUUUUUAAUGAAAUAGGAUUAAAAUGUUUUUAUCUCAAUACGUACAAGGAUAUAAAUAAAAAUGUGAUAACAAAGAGGUAACGAGGUAUUAACAAAUUAAUUCACAAAGUAAUUCCUAACAUUAGGUUAUGUUGACUACUUAGGUUACAAUACAUAAAAACGUGUAUAAGAAAGUCCAUAAACAUGUGCGAAUCCGAAGAUGUAAUUGCGAUAGGAAAGUAUGUAAUAGUAAAAAAAUUGAAUUUUAAGAAAAUUUAUAAAGUUACUGCCAAUGGACAAUUAAUGCUAGGAAGAGAUCUAGUAAAUAUGGGUGAAAUUAUUGGGAAAAGAUUCUGGACUACUUUCGAGAUGACACCAUCAAAAAAUGGAAAAAGAACAUUUUCUUUGAGAGAAGGUUCAGAAACUGAAUCUUGGGACGAUUUAUUAGAUACUUUACCUAGUGGCAAUGAUAAUCGUUCUAUCAUAGAUGAUGGCAGUUCACAGAAACUGUCAAAACAAGAAAUUGUUCAGCUUCAGGAAUCUGGUAAAAGUGGCAAAGAGAUAGUGGGUAGCUUGAUUGAAAACAAUAAAUCUUUCUCUGAUAAAACGGAAUAUUCUCAAGAAAAGUAUUUGAAAAAGAAAGAAAAAAAAUAUAUUCGAUAUUUAACUAUAUGCAAGCCAAGUAUAAGUUCUUUACAUGAUGUGUAUUUCAAAUUAGAUCAUACUAAAAUUGGAAGUUUACGGAUGGAUGCAUUGGCACAGUUGUUAUCGUAUACUGAUGUUCAAUCUGAAGGAUUAUUCAUAUUAUAUGAUAGCGGAUGUCAGGGCUUACCAGCAGCUGCAUUAUUAAAUAGGAUUGGUGCAAAUACAAAAGGCCAUUUGAUCAAUUUGCAUCCUGGCAAUGUACCAAAAGCUUUGCUCAUUCACGCUAUGAAUUUCCCUCAAGAACAGUUAGAUAGAUUAAUAAGUGUCAAUAUCUACAGCUUUCUAAGACUAUAUUAUCAAGGCGAACAGGCUGUUUUAAAUAAUAUUUUAGCGUCAAAGAAGACAUGCAGUAAGUUAGUUAAUAAAUCAGAAGAAAAUGAAGAUAAAGGCGUUGAAAAAAAUUGUACAAUCAAUUCAGGCCCAUUAGAGAACAAUUCGAACAACCAGGAUUUACAAGAUGAAGAGAAUAGUAGCAAAGAAUGUUCAGAAAGCAUUAAUGGUACAAAUGAACUCAUGGAAACUGAUGAAGUUUCAAAAGAACAUGAUACGCAUAACUAUUCAACAGGCUCAAAACGAAAAUUAGAUGAGCUUGAUAAAUGUAUGUUUACAGAAGUUGUACCUUUAAAGAAACCAAAAUGGUUGAUGGAAACCCAGCAUGCUGUGGAUCUUGUGAAGAAUUCAAAAGCUAGAGGACUAGCUGUUGUAGCUAAAGAGCAUCCUUUAAAUAUUAUAACUGCUCUUUUACCUUUUUUAGGAGCAUCCAGACCUUUUGUGAUUUAUCACAUACAUCGGGAACCCCUACAAGAAACAUACAUGAUGUUAAAACAACAACAAAAUGUUAUUAAUUUAAGGCUGGUCUCAAACUUUUUACGUUCUUAUCAAGUGUUACCAGAUAGAACACACCCUGAUAUUUUAGCUAGUGAUACAGGAGGUUAUUUAUUAACUGGAUAUUUAGUUGAAUAGCAGUUGUUAUCUCAGUUCACUACAUCAUAUAGGAUAUUGACAUUAACACGGACAUUGUAAUAAAUUCUGUACAAUAAAAAUGUAAAGCAGUCUCUUUUAUACAAGUAUUUCAUAUGUAAAAUAAUUUAAUUUUAAGCAG